AAGUUUGUUGGGAAGAGUUUGCGCUCAUUGGGAUAGAGAGACACACACACACACAAUUGGGAGUCCGGAGAGAGAAGAAGGAAAGAGGAAAGUUUCCGCUUCUGUCUUUUUAUCCAGAUACUUUCGGUGCGCCUUUUGGAAGGAAAAACACGGACAGCAAACUCUGAAGCCUGCGCGCUGAAUUUGGAGACUCGUUUUGUGGUGGAAAGAGUGUCAGGGUGAGAUAUUGCUCGGAUUUGGAUGUGAAACGCGGACCAGGGUGUGAGACAGAGCCGAAGGAAUGUAUCGUAACCGGGCAGCGGUGCGGCAGUGGAGAUGUCCAGCCUGCGCUCUCUGCGUCUCUCUGCUGCUCCAGUGCGUCCUGGCGCUCAGCGCGUCUGGAUCUGAGCUCGCCCAGGACCUCAGUGUACACGCUGCCACCACAUGGAACCAAACAGACGUGCCCUUCAUCCGCCUUGAGGCUCCCAUGAACAACAUCACCACAUCUCUGGGUCAAACAGCCGAGCUUUUUUGCCGGGUGUCCGGGAACCCGACGCCUACGGUGCGUUGGCUGAAGAAUGAUGCCCCUGUUGUGCAGGAGCCAAGGCGGGUCUCCUACCGAACCACGCAGUACGGAUCCCGCCUGCGUAUCCGCGACCUGGACACUACAGACACAGGCUACUUCCAGUGCGUUGCCAGCAACGAUCAUGGCUCCGUUUCCACAACUGGGGUGCUGUUUGUCAAAUUUGAUCCACUCCCCACACCUCUGUCAGGAAGACCAACGGUGGAUCUGAAUGAAGAUGGAUUCUGCCAGCCCUACAGAGGCAUAGCCUGUGCUCGCUUCAUCGGAAACCGCAGCAUCUACGUCGAUUCCCUGCAGAUGCAGGGGGAGAUUGAGACUCAGAUCACAGCUGCCUUCACCAUGAUCGGAACUUCCAAUCACUUGUCCGAUCGUUGCUCCCAGUUUGCCAUCCCUUCCCUUUGCCACUUUGCCUUUCCAACAUGCGACCGUACCUCAGGCAUUGACAGGCCUAGGGACCUUUGUAAGGACGAAUGUGAGAUACUGGAGAACGAUCUAUGCAAGACUGAGUACAUCAUUGCCCGUUCCAACCCCAUCAUACUGAAGAGCCUUAAACUGCCCAACUGUGAGGAGCUGGCUGCCUCUGACAGCCCGAAGGCUGCCAACUGUUUACGGAUUGGGAUCCCCAUGGCUGAGCCCAUCGAUAAAAGUCACAAGUGUUACAACAACACUGGAGCAGAUUACAGAGGCACCGUGAGUGUGACCAAAUCGGGGCGCCAGUGUCAGCCGUGGAACUCCCAGUAUCCCCACAGCCACACCUACCUGGCAGUCCGUUACACCGAGCUGAAUGGGGGGCACUCUUACUGCCGCAACCCUGGGAACAAACACGAGGCCCCCUGGUGCUUCACGCUGGAUGAAGGUGUUCGCAUGGAGCUCUGCGACAUUCCAGUCUGUGACCAUAAAGAUAAGUCCAGUGGCAGCAUGGAGAUCCUUUACAUCCUAGUUCCCAGUGUGGCCAUCCCAUUGGCCAUCGUCUUGCUUUUCUUGUUCAUCUGCGUUUGCCGUAACAACCAGAAGUCCUCCAGGCCUCCAGCUGCUCGUCCACCCAAACCAGUCCGAGGUCAAAAUGUGGAGAUGUCUAUGCUGACAACUCCCUACAAACCAAAGGGUAAAGCCAAAGAACUCCCCAUGUCGGCGGUGCGUUUCAUGGAGGAGCUUGGAGAAUGCACGCUAGGGAAGAUCUACAAGGGUCAUCUCUAUCUGCCAGGCAUGGACCAGGCGCAGCUUGUGGCCAUUAAGACUCUGAAAGAUAUUUCCACCAAUCAGCAAUGGACAGACUUUCAACAGGAAGCUGCUGUGCUGACUGAGCUCCAGCACCCGAAUGUGGUCUGCCUCCUUGGUGUGGUUACGCAGGAGCAACCUGCCUGCAUGCUAUUCGAGUUUCUGCCACAAGGAGAUCUUCACGAGUUCCUGAUUAUGCGGUCGCCGCACUCUGACGUUGGCUGCAGCAGUGACGAGGACGGCACUGUAAAAUCCAGUCUUGAUCAUGGAGACUUUCUGCAUAUGGCCAUACAGGUUGCUGCAGGGAUGGAAUAUCUAGCCAGUCACUUCUACAUCCAUAAAGACCUGGCAGCAAGGAACAUUUUAGUAGGUGAACAGCUGCACGUGAAGAUUUCUGACCUGGGUCUCUCCAGAGAAAUCUACUCCUCUGACUACUACUGCAUCCAGCCUAAGACUCUGCUGCCCAUCCGCUGGAUGCCCCCUGAAUCCAUCGCCUAUGGGAAGUUCACCACAGACUCAGACAUCUGGUCAUUUGGGGUGGUUCUGUGGGAGCUCUUCAGCUACGGCCUGCAGCCUUACUAUGGCUUCUCCAACCAGGAAGUGAUGGAGAUGGUGAGAAAGAGGCAGUUGCUGCCCUGCCCGGAGGACUGCCCACCAAGGUUUUAUGGCUUGAUGACAGAAUGCUGGCAGGAGGGACCAGCUCGCCGACCACGCUUUAAAGACAUCCACAGCCGCUUGCGAGCUUGGGAGGGGCUGUCUUCCCACGCCAGCUCCAGCACUCCCUCCGGUGGAGGAGGCAACGCCACCACUCAGACAACCUCGCUCAGUGCCAGUCCCGUCAGCAACCUCAGCAACCCUCGCUUUGCUACCGCCACCGCUGGAUACCUCUACCCUGCCCAGGCCAUUCCUGCACCGGGGCAGAUGGCGACUAUUCCUGCCUGGACUCCAAUGGCUGUCCCACAAACCCAUCAGCGCUUCAUCCCUGUCAAUGGAUACCCCAUCCCAUCAGGAUAUGCAGCCUUCCCAGCUCACUUUGCCCCUCCAGCUCCACCUACUAGAGUCAUCCAGCACCACCUGCCGCCUCCUAAAAGCCGCUCACCCAGCAGUGCCAGCGGCUCCACCAGCACGGGCCACGUCAGCGGGGUGCCUUCCACCACGGGCUCCAACCACGAGGCCAACACGCCACUCCUCUCUCACUGCGUCACGCCGGGGAACGGCGGGGGUCAGGUUUACGGACAAGUCUCCCAAAAAGGGGUGACGCAAAUUGACCACGUUUCGCAAACUUCAGCUCUGCUCACUCCAGACUCUGAUGUGAUUAUGUACAAUGACUCAGUCAUCACCGCGGACCUGUGAACAGGCCGGGGCAAUGUUCCCUCUCUCUUCCUGCUCCGGAACCUCAUAUGAGACGUUCUGCCUCUCAGCCAGGGAGCGAGAACCACAGCUCAACUUCGGCCUUAGUGAGACCAGACAGGCGCAGGCUUGUUCACACUGCUAAAUGUGCAAAAAAAACAAAAAAAAAACAAACAAAAAAAAAGCAUUGCUGCAGCUACAUAAGUAUUGCAAAGAGAUGUCUGACUGUUUAAAGUGUUCUUAGUAUCAUGGUUUAACAAUGUUGCUAUGGUAACCCUUGUAAAUACAAUACAUUAAAGUGUUGAGUGAAUGAAAAAAAAUACAUAUAAGUAUAUAUUCAAAA